AGCACAGUCGCUGAGAAACUCGCGUCGCACCGCCACCUCGUACAUCCAGUCUGCGCCCGGCCGUGUAUCAUGCGGGACUCCGCCACCAAGAUGGCAGAGCUAAAGUUUGAGGCUCCUCUGGCACAGUUCGAGGAGACUGACGAGUGGGGUGUCACAGAGUUCCAUCACAGCAAACCGGCCGAGGACAAUGCCGUGGAGGAGGACGCCAACUCCAACAUCGCCCCUGAGGAGCUCAUCACCGACGCGGUGACCGCCGAGCUCUGCGACAACGCGAACAAGUGCGUGCACCUUUGUCAGAACGACGCGGCAUCCGUGUCCUCCGUCGCGGACAACUUCACAGAGACAUUCUCCGGGUCCCUGGAGGAUCUCGUCAACACGUUCGAUGACAAGAUCACCAAGUGCUUCUGUAACUACGACGAGAGCGUGGAGAAGUUGGCGCCUGUGCAGGUCCGCACUCAGGAGGAGAUCAUGAACGAAUGCCAGAUGUGGUGGACGAUCACGGGUAAUUUUGGCAACAUUCUUCCCAUCGACUGGUCAAAAUCAUAUGCCAGGAAAAUGCACAUGCCUACAUUGAAUCUCAAUGAAAACAAGGACAAGAGUCUGCUGGACGAGGGGGAGCUGAGCUCAGAGGACGAAGCUGUGGCCAGUGACUUGGACAUGCACUCCCUGAUACUGAGUGGCCUCAACCCUGACACAGAACCAGUCAAGACAGCGGAGGAAGUCAUCAAGGAGAUUGAUGACAUCAUGGAGGAGACAACAUCCACAGAAUGCACACCGGACUCAGAAACUGUUGAGGAUGCUUUGCAGAGGAAGGCCAAGGAAGUUCUGUAUUCUCCACUAUAUGAAGACAAACUGAAAACACUGAGUGUGUGCCAACUGAACGAUUUAUACCUGGAAUUGGAACUACUGAUCAGGGACUACUCGGAGACGUUGAUCUCGGAACUGGCUCUUCGUGACGAACUUGAGUACGAGAAGGAAUUAAAGAACUCUUUCAUCUCUCUGUUGCUGGCGGUACAGAACCGCAGGCGACAACAUCACGUGGAGAAGAAGCGGGGCAGGAUUGGCUCAAAUAAACCAGCAGGAGUUGAAUCUAAGUAUCUCACAACUGUAAUACCUUAUCACCUAGACAGUGGUCCUCUCAAUAAUCAAGCUCUUCAGGUGCUUAUCAAAAUCCUGAAAGCCAUCAAUGAAGACAGCCCUACAGUUCCAACUCUUCUCACAGACUACAUACUAAAGGUGUUAUGUCCGACGUAGACUUAUAACACAGCUUUGUAGGCUCUCGCUUUACCAACACUACUAGUCGGCAGCAACAUUCGCCUCUAGACGUUUGGGCACCUACGCUUGUCACUUGGAAGAAGACAUGUUUUAUCAUUUUAACGUGCAUCUCUUUUACAUAAGUUCAUGUUUUGGUUAUUGUUGGACAAUCUGAGGGACCACACAGUCAAUAUUCUUCAGUAGAAGAAAUAAUGUUAAACAAAAAUUCUAUUAGUGGUUCUCUAUUAAUUGUAUGAACCAUACAAUAAGUAUAAAUUUUAACGAAUAUUCUUGUACUCAGUAUCUUGUAUGAGCACAGUGAAUAAGAUAAUAAUCUAAACAGUUUUAGUUUCCAGACUCACUUGCAUCUAAAAAGGAAAUCA